UUUUCCAGAAAUGGAAGAGGAACCACUUAAGUUUAAACCUGGACUGCUGUCUUAUAAAGGCUUAAAUCUUAUUAGGAAUGUUCACAAGGAAAGUUAUCUUGAUUCUCUGCCGGAAAUAGAAAUCCAGGACAGUGACAUUUUUGUCAUUACCUAUCCAAAGUCAGGGACAACAUGGAUGCAGUAUGUUCUUGCAUUAAUGUUCCACAGUGAUGAAUUGGUGGGAGAUCACAAUAAACACGCCAUGAGAAUUGUACCAUGGAUAGAGGUAGAAAUGGAUCACAGUACAACACGUUUACCAAGACUGUUUGCCUCUCACCUUUUACCUAGUCUUCUACCCCAAGGGUUAAGAAAGAGGGGAAAGAUUAUCUACUUUGCAAGAAACCCCAAAGACGUGGCAGUAUCAUUUUACCACUUCCACAAUGUCAGUAGACUCCUGGAAGACAAAGAAGAUUUCAACACAUUUCUGGAAGAAUUUGUGGAGGGAAAUGGUGGUUUUUGGCAGUUUUCUUGGUUUGACCAUGUUAAGGACUGGUAUAGCCAAAUGGACAACUUUGACAUGCUAUUUUUCACUUAUGAAGAAAUGAAGAAGGACCUCAAAAGAACAAUUGUAAAGGUUUCAACCUUUCUGAAGAAGUCUUUUGAUGAACAAACGCUGAACAUGAUUGUUGAAAAGAGUUCUUUCAGUAACAUGCAACUAACUCCAAAUGCCAAUUUGGACACAGUGUCUCCAGAACUGUUUGACAGCAGUAAAGGUCAGAUGCUGAGAAAAGGAAAAGUUGGAGACUGGAAAACCAUGUUCACUGUCGCCCAGAGUGAGAAAUUUGACAAGAUCUACAAAGAAAAGAUGAAAGGUCUCCCUUUGGAGUUUGUUUGGGACCUAUGAACAGUUUUCAAUCUAUAGUGCCUAAC